CUAUAAUAGACUUUGUGCGCGGCGAUCGGCCCAACACAACGCGGCAAGGAAUCAGUCCCGAGAUCCUGGCCUGCGCCGAGGCGCGAUCCGGUGCGACCUCAGGACUGCAGCACCUGGAAACCGCGAAGGCAAGCACAAGAAGGUGGCGCGAAGAGAACAAAGAAGCCCAGCACCGACUGAUGAACAAUACAAACAGCGGGAGCGAAGGUUUUUUUGGCAAUCUGAACUUGUCGGGUGGAGGUUUCCCGCGAGGCUUUGUCACCUGCACCUCGCACUGUCCAAAGCAGCAGUCGCUUGACAUAGAAAUCAUUCGGAGAGAUCUGGAGGCGAAUCCGGGUCUGAAAAAAGCACUACAGGGCAAGGAAGGCGUGACCGAAGAGCGCGUGCAAGUUUAUCGCGGAGGAAAGCGCAUGUCCCUCUUCCGAUCACGAGUCAGGGCGGAGGAUUUUUUGGUGCCUCUGCCAACGGCGGA